ACCACUAAGGUGAACCGCUCUGAGUUAAUCUAUUUUAAAAUGGUCCCAAAAGAGCUUCCUCUCAUCGUUGUCUAAAAGCAAACAUAAGAAAAGUAAUUGACAGUGUCGUUUGUUUCAUCGUUUCUAACAGGUUUUCUCUUAGCAAAGGCGCAUCGCCAAGCUCAGUUAGGAAUCCAAUGGGAACCUUUUUUGCUAGCAGGAGUGCUUGUCGGACCUUUUAGUUGGCAGUACCAAAGACGGACCAACGGUAGAAACAAAUCCGUCUGUCAUAGAUUCUUAACGAUAACGGUUUAUAAGAGCAAAAUCGGCGCCGAAAUACCUAAAACAUAUUUAUACGAGGCUCUCCGCUUGCUUUUAACAUUUUUCAGAGGGAUCUACGGCGCACCUCGCCUCUGACGGUACGUAGACGCUUUAAACAGUAAUAACAAUGGCUUCUGGGUCGCCGUCGUCCUCUCCGGACACUGCGACGGGCUCAGGUACAGACCCGGCCCGGCCAGACACAGGGGAGCCCCUCGGUGGGGCAGGCUCGGACUCCGACUCGGACCUGGGUUUGUGUAAAUUUGACUGCAGCGCCGUUGAAAUGGGGGACCGGCUUGAGGGAGAGGACCUGGAGCGGGAGUUUGAGUCUGCAGCUGACCGUGUACGAGAUCUGGUUCAGACGGCCAGCAGGGACCAGCUGCUUUACCUGUAUGGCCGCUAUAAACAGGCUAAAGUGGGAAAGUGCAAUACACCAAAACCUGGCUUCUUUGACUUUGAAGGACAGAGAAAAUGGCAAGCCUGGAAACAGCUUGGAGACAUGGGGCCGGAGCAGGCAAUGCAGGAGUAUAUUUCGUGUGUUAAUGUUUUAGACCCUGAAGGCUGCACAAAGGAAAGACGAGGAGCAGAAAGACGAACAGGCUUUGGAGGAGCAGCAGUCAGCUCUCUGUACCAGGAAGAGAUGAUCAGGGAGGAGGAUAAGAACAUCUUUGACUACUGCCGAGAAAAUAACAUUGACCACAUCAGCAAGGCCAUCAACUCCCAGAAAGUAGAUGUCAAUACUAAAGAUGAAGAGGGCCGGGCCCUCCUGCACUGGGCCUGUGAUAGAGGACACAAGGAGCUGGUGUCCGUAUUACUGCAGCACAAAGCAGACAUCAACGGUCAGGAUAAUGAAGGGCAGACAGCACUACAUUAUGCAUCGGCAUGUGAGUUUGCCGACAUCGUGGAGCUCCUGCUGAACGCAGGAGCCGACCCGUCCAUCAAAGACAUGGAGGGCUCGCUUCCUGAGGAGGUCACCGAAUCCAGCGCCAUCUCCUCUCUGUUGCGUCAGUACACUUCUCCAAAAGGCUAGAUCACCCACCUACCACCGCCCGGUCCUCGCCCCUGUCCUUGUCUCACUCUGUUCAUCCCCUGCAAGACUGCAAAGGUUUUAUUUGACUUUAAUUUCCAAAUACUUGAGGUGAGUUUGAUUUCGUUGGCUUAGCUCUUUGGAUCUACAGGGCUUAAACAUUAGCCCUUCCAUUUGAUAGGACACAUGAAAUGAAGCAUACCGCAUGUAUUUUCAUCAAUCUAAAUACUGUAUCUUAACUUUAAAUGCCCAGUAGGGUUGGGUGAUGUGAUCCUUACUGUUAGAUGAUAGAGAUUUGUAAACUGGUUGAGAUUUUGCAAAGGUAGCUGUACCUUAAAUAUCUUCUCUGAGCAGGACUGCUCAUCAGCAAUAUUGGAAUAACAGGAUUUGUAUGUCAGUGUCAUGAAAUAUGUGCAUUUGUCAGGAAUUUAUGCUACAGGAUGGACACAAAGAACAGACAUUCCCAUAUUUUAUUUAUAAACAGUAUAAAACUUUUGAAAAAUCAUAUCACAGUAUAUACAUAUCAUUAUAAAGACAGAAAAUGACUGUAACAGAAGAUUUUAUACAUAUCACCCACUCCUACUGCUCAGGCCUGACAAGCAGCCAGACCUUUUAGUCUGGGUUAGCCCUCUUUGACCAUUUGUUCAUGAUUCAGUUGUGUUACUUUCAAGGAAUGCUUAAAUCAUUUGUCAUUUAUCACAUUAAAGUCUUCAACCAA